AUGGGUCUCGCAUACAAUACCUACCUGAACGGCGGCAAGAUCUACGGCUGCAAGAACUGCAAGGCGCACCUGUCCAACCACGAAGACAUCAUAAGCAGAAACUUCCGCGGUCAGCAUGGUAAGGCGUAUCUCUUCAACAACGUGGUCAACAUCGACACCGGCGAGCCUAGCGAGCGUAACAUGACGACGGGCCGCCACAUCGUGCGCGACAUUGCCUGCAAGCAGUGCAAGGAGACGGUCGGCUGGAAGUACGACAAGGCGUACGAGAACAGCGAGAAGUACAAGGAGGGCAAGUUCAUCCUCGAGGCCGAGCUGCUCUGCAACGUCAGCUGA